CGUCCUUAGCGUCCCUCCGCCUCCCGCAAUGCUUUACGCCUCAGGCCGCUUCCUAGCGGCCCGGGCGGCCACUACACUUCCCGCCCCGCCCAGAGCCCGGGGCCUGGCGCUCCGCGGCAAGCGGAGGGAACUACAAAUCCCAGGGCACCUCGAGACGCCCUCCUAUGACUCUUGGACGGGGUUGCGGACAAGACCCAGCGCGACUCCGGUCCGGAGGGUAAUCCUCAGAAAGGGGAGGAUGCCGCCGGCCAUAGGCGGAGGCCUAACGGGUUCCGAGCUGCGUCCCCGGAGGGGCCGCUGCGCGCCGCAGGCUGCCAGGGCCGUGGGCAGGGACACGGUUCGCCGGGUUGCAGCACGGAGCCUUAAACGACCAGCUUGGAGCUCACGGAGCUUCGAGGCGGCAGGCCGGUGGGCCACGCUGGCUGUGGUGACGCUGCUGUCCUUCGCUACCCGCUUUCACCGGCUGGACCAGCCGGCGCACAUCUGUUGGGAUGAGACUCACUUUGGAAAAAUGGGAAGUUACUAUAUUAACCGCACCUUCUUCUUUGAUGUACACCCACCUCUGGGAAAGAUGCUGAUUGGUCUUGCUGGCUACCUGAGUGGAUAUGAUGGCACCUUUUUGUUCCAGAAGCCUGGGGACAGAUAUGAGCACCACAGCUACAUGGGAAUGAGAGGAUUCUGUGCUUUCCUGGGUUCAUGGCUGAUCCCCUUUGCCUACCUCACUGUCCUGGAUCUGUCCAAGUCCUUCCCAGCAGCACUGCUCACCGCUGCCCUUCUCACCUUUGACACAGGAUGCCUCACUCUGUCCCAGUACAUUCUACUUGACCCUAUCCUGAUGUUCUUCAUCAUGGCUGCCAUGCUGAGCAUGGUCAAGUACAACUCCUGUGCUGACAGGCCUUUCUCUGCCCCCUGGUGGUUCUGGCUCAGCCUGACUGGUAUUAGUCUUGCUGGUGCUUUAGGGGUCAAAUUUGUUGGCCUCUUUAUCAUCCUGCAAGUGGGACUGAACACCAUUUCAGACCUUUGGCAGCUGUUUGGAGACCUCAGUCUUUCACUGGUGACUGUGGGGAAGCACCUGACUGCGCGAAUCCUGUGCCUCAUAGUGCUGCCUUUGGUGCUCUAUGUGACCAUUUUUGCUGUUCAUGUCAUGGUGCUGAAUAAAAGCGGUCCUGGUGAUGGCUUCUUCAGCUCUGCCUUUCAAGCCCGGCUUUCAGGGAACAGCCUUCACAAUGCUUCUAUCCCUGAAUACCUGGCAUAUGGCUCUGUAAUCACUGUGAAGAAUCUCCGGAUGGCCAUUGGCUACCUACACUCCCAUAGGCACCUCUACCCUGAGGGCAUUGGUGCACGCCAGCAGCAGGUUACCACCUAUUUGCAUAAGGACUACAACAACCUGUGGAUUAUCAAGAAACAUAACACAAACACAGAUCCCCUAGAUCCUUCAUUCCCAGUGGAGUUUGUCAGACAUGGAGACAUUGUUCGACUAGAACACAAAGAAACGACUCGGAACCUGCACAGCCACUAUCAUGAGGCUCCCCUGACCCGGAAACACUAUCAGGUCACUGGGUAUGGCAUAAAUGGGACAGGGGACUCGAAUGAUUUCUGGCGGAUUGAAGUCGUAAACAGAAAAUAUGGGAACCGGAUCAAGGUACUGAGAAGUCGGAUUCGCCUCAUCCAUUUGGUCACAGGUUGUGUCCUGGGAUCUUCAGGAAAGAUUCUGCCCAGGUGGGGCUGGGAGCAGUUGGAAGUUACUUGCACUCCAUACCUAAAAGAAACGUCUAACUCCAUCUGGAACAUAGAAGACCAUAUCAAUCCCAAACUGCCAAACAUCAGCCUGGAUGUCCUGCAGCCCAGUUUUUCUGAGAUCUUGUUGGAGUCCCACAUGGUUAUGAUCCGGGGAAACAAUGGCCUCAAACCCAAGGACAAUGAGUUCACAUCCAAACCCUGGCACUGGCCUAUCAAUUAUCAGGGCCUGCGCUUCUCAGGGGCCAAUGACACAGACUUCCGAGUCUAUCUGCUUGGCAACCCUGUGGUCUGGUGGCUGAAUCUGGUGAGCAUUGUCCUCUACCUCCUUUUGGGGAGCACCAUUGCCAUCGCUAUUCAGAGAGGGGUACAGCUGCCAGCAGAGUUGGAAGGGCUGACCAGGGUGCUGCUGCGAGGAGGUGGCCAGCUGCUGCUGGGCUGGAUGCUCCAUUACUUCCCUUUCUUCCUGAUGGGCCGGAUCCUGUACUUCCACCACUACUUCCCAGCCAUGCUCUUCUCUAGCAUGUUGACAGGGAUCCUGUGGGACACCCUUCUGCAGCUCUGUGCCUGGGGCUUGGCCUCUUCUCCCGUGGGUAGAAGAAUACAUGCCAUGGGAAUCGUAAGCCUGCUUCUGGCAACUGCGUACAGCUUCUACCUCUUCCACCCUCUGGCUUAUGGGAUGGUUGGUCCCCUAGCCCAGGAACCCGAGAGUCCAAUGGCAGGACUAAGGUGGCUGGAAUCAUGGGAAUUUUGAGGCCACUGCCAGGACCCCAACCUGAAUCCAGGUAUUGUCCAGAGACACCCAGCUUUGAAGCCAGAUCCUGGACCCUUCCAACUUCAGGGGAGCUGCCUGUGGAGCCUAAAGCACUCUGCUACCCCCAAGACCAAACUCUGGGAAACAGACCUGGAUUUAACUCAACACUAAAAGGAACCAUGCCCCUGUCUGCAGCACCACUUGGUGCCAGUUCCCUCUCCUUUCAACACAAGGAAAGCAGGUGUGAGUGUGGGAGGGUACUGUGUCCAAUCUCCUUGGCAUGUAGACCACCUAACUGGAGUCAAGUGUCAUAAAUUCCAAAAAAUGGUCCAAGGUUAACAGGAUAUUCUCUGGUAUCUUUUCACACUGGAUUUGGUUUCACUUAGGUUUAUAAGGUCCAUAAGAAAUUCUUUGAUCUCCAGGAGGGCUGAAUGCUGUCCCACCCUCACGGUGUUACAAGGCACAGCAGGUGGGACCAUCAAAACUACCCUUCUACCCACACUGCGGGCUGGCCCUCUGCUGCUGCCCCCAGUGUCUUGUGUGGAUACAGUGCUGCCUUUAGUGUGCACAGAGCACUGGGUUCCAGGGCGCAAGCCGGCAGAGAAGUUGCCAGUCUGUGGUUGACUGUCCUUAGGUUUUUGAUUCCCUGUUCUCUGAACUGGGUGGGUGGAACCCACAUCUUGGCUGCCAUGUGCCCAGUGUCUGUUUCUCACUGGCCAUCCCUCCAUCCUUUUUUCUCUGCAUCUGAGGACCAAGCCCUGCUGGCUGAUAGAGCCAGCGGUUGAGUCAGAGCAGGGAUGUGUGGGGCUGAGCAUAUGAGAUGCAGGGAGAGGGAUCACAUGGCCUCUCUGGGCUGAAGUUUUGUUCCAGCAUGGUGUUCCUGUUUUCACACUUCUAGCCCUCCCUGACAAUACCUUAUUUUGCUUCCUUGUCAUUUCUUUCCUUUCUGACACUGCUUUACCAAGUCUUUUCCCCAAAGGCCCAGAGCUCCUGGAAACGCAUGACAGCUUCUGCUGUCCACCACUUUAAGUUCUUCUAUUUCCUUGCCCAAAGGGAGUAAGAAAAUUUCGUAAGAACUAAAGCUAUCCAAGACCAGCCCUUUAGUCUGCCUUCUUCCUUUCAGUUCAGAACAAAAUAAUUAUUUGAUCCCAGAAGAUUUUGAUAUUUCAAGGUUUAAUGAUGAAUUUGCCAUACUCCAUCUUCCACCCACUAUAGCUCUCAACAACUCUGACAGGGUCAGAGCUCUUUAAAGCAUCUUCAGGAGGUGGUUGCCACGGAGACUGGAAAUUGGUCUCAGGGACAGGCUGUGCUACCUACAGAGUGGUGGAGAGGAAAGCUUCUGGGCCCCGCUUGGACAGUCAGCUGGAGCAUCAUUAAUGUUAAUAGAGGAAAUGCAGCCCUGUCAAGAGCAAGGCAAGGUAGCUAAUUAGAUCUGAGGCCCACUGACCAUCCUCUCCCAUGACUGCAGCCCUUUUGACUUCCCUUCUCCUCCCAGCAGGAAGUGCAGCUUGUGUGUGGAAUCUGAACUGUCUGUUUAAUUGCAUUUCUUGCAGGGACUGGGGAACUCUGCUCCCAUUGCCCUCCCUGACUUUUGCCUAUAGACCCAGGCUGGGCUGGUUGCUUUUGAGCCCAGUGGGGUACCAUCUGGGUAGAUUCUCCUGAGAGGGAUGCUGGAAUCUGUGCUUGGCUCUUAAGGUGGCCCAUGGGGCAUCUAACAGGUGGCUGAUUUUUCUUGUACUCUAUUUCUGGAGGUACUUGUUAGAGGGAAGGAACCCUGAAGUAACCAGGGGGAGCCUUCAAGAGCCAGAGUAGGUAGGAGAGCACAGUGGGCUCUGACAUGCCCCUCCCCCUAAUGUCACAUUGAGGACAGAAGGGGUCUUUUGGUUCAAGUACGGGAAGAAGAGUGCUCCCCACCUACUCCCUCUUCUUCCAUACCCAAACUGGCAUACAUUCCUGUGGAAAAAGGCCACUUGGUGACAUCACUAAAUACUUGGGUUCUAUUUGGAAGAUGGGGGGCAGUAGGCUCUAGGGUGCUGCUUUGCAUGUUGGUUGCACUCCUCAGGAACUGACAGAGAUGUGGUACAUCUCAGACCGCUGGCAAGAAGGAAGAUGUGCCAAGCAGCUUAACCCAGCCAAUGUCUUAACCCACCACACCUUUUUUUUCUUUUCUUUUUUUAAGUUUCUAGAGAUAAUCAGAGACCAUUACUUUUGUAAUAAAUAGCUCUUGUUUUCAACACUACUUUGUCCUUGUGCUUAAUUGGAUGUGACUUGCCCUUGAGAAGAUGUUUAGAUGUCAAGUCCCACAUGGUAUCUCAUGGCUGGGGCCAUUCUCAUUCCAGCUGAGGCUCUGAC